UUUAGCAUCUCUACCACUUCUUAUAUCCUUUUGGCUUUUGCAUUAUCAAACAGCAAUGAAGAAAUUCCCACUUGUGGCUCAAACUUCUCUACUUUUCUGGAUUUUCUUCAUCAUACUAAUGAUUGGAAGACGUCUUGAUGCAUCGACUCACUGGGAUCACAUGAGCUUUAAUGCAGAAGAUACUCACAGACCAGUAGGCAGCUCAACGCACCACGAGGAAAAAACUGAAGCACUAGGUAUGGAGUUAUACCCGACAGGAUCCAGCCUCCCAGACUGUUCCCAUGCAUGUGGACCAUGUUUUCCGUGCAAAAGGGUGAUGGUGAGCUUCAAAUGCUCUGCUGCAGAGUCCUGUCCCACUGUCUACAGGUGCAUGUGUAAAGGGAAAUAUUAUCACGUACCUUCCAAUUGAGCAUAAAUUCAAUCUGGAGGAGAAUGCAGCAAAGAACAAAGCAAUUAAUGAUUUGGUUAGCACUUGCACUGAUGUGGUGACUAUAAGGAUACAUUGAAGACUGAGACUAUAAUCUCUGUUGAUUUCAUUUGGGUUCAUCUCCUUGUACUCGGAUCAUUCCGUAUAAGAAAAUAACUCAGAAAACAAAUUUUUUCAAGCAUCGGGAAGUUCAAUUAGGAAGUGAGAAGUCGGUUUUUUACUAGUUUGUUCAUGUCCAAUAUCAUUUCCUUUGUUCUAGUUCUACUUGAAAUGAGAUCUGGUCUAUCCUGCUCCCUACCUUUCUAAGUUUCCAAGUUGAAUGGAGAUUACAAAACAAACCAAGAAACUUCAUUCAAUUCAACCCCAAAAACAUAUUCAUUCUGCAUGAACUCAAGAAACUUCGGUUCACUUCAGGUCGAAGGAAGGAAUAAGGAAGAGUUCGUAUGGAUAUGGUCAAAAACUACUCGAUCAGACGGGUGAUUUUCUCGCCUACAACAGAUCCCAAUCCAUAAUCCCAAUUGCUAUGGGAAUUCGUGGUCUUUGAAAACUAUCAUCUACAGAAGAGGACUUUCAAAUAAAACAAUCAGUGGGGUAGUUACAGCCUU